GCGCGCUGGGAGCUCCCGCUCACCGUCGUGGCCUACGCAGACCUCUUCGGGGGCUGGACGAUGGACGCCGUGGCCCGCAGCACGGCCGGCUCCGGCCGCAGCCGCGCCUGCUGCACCUUCUGCGGGGUGCUGCGACGCCGGGCGCUGGAGGAGGGUGCCCGCCUGGUGGGAGCCACGCACAUCGUGACGGGCCACAACGCGGACGACAUGGCGGAGACGGUGCUCAUGAACUUCCUGCGGGGCGACGCGGCGCGGCUGGCCCGGGGCGGGGGCCUGGGCUCGCCGGGCGAGGGGGGCGCCCUGCCGCGCUGCCGCCCGCUGCAGCUGGCCUCGCAGAAGGAGGUGGUGCUGUACGCGCACUUCCGCCGCCUCGACUACUUCUCCGAGGAGUGCGUCUACGCGCCCGAGGCCUUCCGCGGCCACGCGCGCCACCUGCUCAAGCUCCUGGAGGCGGCGCGGCCGUCGGCGGUGCUGGACCUCGUGCACUCGGCCGAGCGCCUGGCGCUGGCCCCGAGGCUGUGA